UUUCUUUAGCUUUAUCUGCCGACACAAAACGAGGCCAUAAAGAGGGCACUCAGAGACAGCUUAGCAAUGCAUUUUUCUUCUCCCUCUUUUCUUUUCUUUUAUCCUUCUUCUCUCACUUUCCCAAACCCUCUCUCUCUCUCUCUCUCUCGUGGUGUAUUCAAAAUAUAUUACUGCUAGUAUUUUGCUUUGUGGCCAUGGAUUUCUGCCGAAAUGUGUCAGUUUCCGGUGAAUACCAGCAAGAACAGGUCCUUUCACCGCCUUGCUCCAAGCUCGGUGGCCUUUCGACCAGUCUUGACGACCUCUUCUCUGCUCAGAACACGGAAGUGGAUGUUAGCGUAGAAUGGCUGUCAGUAUUAGUUGAAGACUGUCUAUACAGCACAGGGAACUGCCUCCCGGCACCCUCUAGUGUUCAAACCACAAGUACAAGCCCAAAACCCUCAACGCCCUUGCAGAAACCCCAUCAGAGCCCGGCUUCCCUGCAAAAUUUUGUAGUGCCAGGCAAGGCCAGAAGCAAAAGAAAAAGGGCCGCCGCAACCCCUAAAACGAAGAGCUCUUUAAGCAUCUGGUCACAUCACGCAGACCCACAUAGCAUGACCAGCUCGGACCCUCCUCUGCUCCAGCAGGCUUACUGGUUGGCUGACAGUGAACUCAUUGUGCCCAAAAAGGAGGAAAUUAGCAACAUUGUAAGAGAUGAUGAGGCGGAAGAAACAAGGGAAGAAGGAGGAGAGGAGGAGGAGGAAGAGGAAGAGGAAGAGGAAGAGGAAGAGGAGGAGAAGGGAUUAAUGGUGAACAAUGAGCAGCAGGGAGCGCCAAGGAGGUGCACCCAUUGCCUAUCACAGAGGACCCCACAAUGGAGGGCAGGACCAUUGGGCCCAAAGACACUGUGCAAUGCAUGUGGGGUGAGGUACAAGUCGGGUAGGUUGCUGCCAGAGUAUAGGCCAGCGAAGAGUCCUACUUUUGUGAGCUAUUUGCACUCCAACUCUCACAAGAAAGUCAUGGAGAUGAGAAUGGCUUUUCUGUCUUCCAUCCCCACUGGCCAGUGACUUCAUUUCAUUUUCCCAUGUAAAACAAAUCAAGUUUAGAUAGAAAAAUUCGGAGAUAAUUAGAUUAGUAGUGCAGACUUUCACUCUAGUGUAAAACCCAUGGGUUCCCACCCUUCCCUUGCUACUAUUCAAUUUCAUGCAGUUUUUUUU